CCCCCGCCAGUGGUUGGGGAAGUUUACAUCUGGAUUUUCACACAUUUUGUUGCCACUGCCCAGACUCUGACUAACCUUGUGGGCUCCAGGUUUUCAAUACUGCAACCUCCUCAAAUAUAAGCACUGCCUCCCCGCGCCUGCACUCUCCCUCCAGGCUCCCCGAGGUCCAUCCCUCAUCCCGGCGGAGCACGAACUCCAGGGCUCAGCGGAGCCAGGGGCCUCGGGCCCUCGCUGAGCAGCAAUGGCUGCAGCUAUAGCAAGCUCCUUGAUACGGCAGAAGCGGCAGGCGAGGGAGUCCAACAGCGACCGGGUGUCGGCCUCCAAACGCCGCUCCAGCCCCAGCAAAGACGGGCGCUCCCUGUGCGAGAGGCACGUCCUCGGGGUAUUCAGCAAAGUGCGCUUCUGCAGCGGCCGCAAGAGGCCGGUGAGGCGGAGACCAGAACCCCAGCUGAAAGGAAUUGUGACAAGGUUAUUCAGCCAACAGGGAUAUUUCCUGCAGAUGCAUCCAGAUGGUACCAUUGAUGGGACCAAGGAUGAAAACAGCGACUACACUCUCUUCAAUCUAAUUCCUGUGGGACUGCGUGUGGUGGCCAUCCAAGGGGUGAAAGCCAGCCUCUAUGUGGCCAUGAAUGGGGAAGGCUAUCUCUACAGCUCAGAUGUUUUUACCCCAGAAUGCAAAUUUAAGGAGUCUGUGUUUGAAAACUACUAUGUGAUCUAUUCUUCAACCCUGUAUCGCCAGCAGGAAUCAGGGCGUGCAUGGUUUCUAGGACUCAAUAAAGAAGGUCAAAUCAUGAAGGGGAACAGAGUGAAGAAAACCAAGCCCUCAUCUCAUUUUGUACCAAAACCUAUUGAAGUGUGUAUGUAUAGAGAACCGUCACUACAUGAAAUUGGAGAAAAGCAAGGACGUUCGAGGAAAAGUUCGGGAACACCCACCAUGAAUGGAGGCAAAGUUGUGAAUCAAGACUCUACAUAGCUGAGAAGCCAUCCUAUUCUUCCAUCUCCAACAU